UGAUAACUCGCCGCUGUAUCGCGAUAUGUUCGUCGAGAUGUGUGGGCCAUUCGGGUGUUGUUUUCCAUCUGAGAAGGUUACUUUUAGCUUAGUUUGUUCUAAUUUGAAUACUAUAGUGUUAUUUCGAGGAAGUUUAAGUUUUAAAUAAAAGGCAGAAUGCCGUGGAAAAGACCCUCGGAUGUGCCAGUCGGUAGAGUAUGGAGCAGGUUCAAAGGCAGGGAGAGGGAUGGUGCACCGGCACUCACGUACCAAAUCAGAGACAUGGAGGAACCAUACAGGAAACAAUGCUUAGACCUGAUGCAGGAGACGUUCAUACGCGAUGAACCUAUUUGCCAAGUUUUAGAUAUAGCCUCAGACCCAGAAUCAAUACAAACGAUACGGAACAACUGGGAGGAAUACGUAUCGCAACAUAUAUCCAUAGCUUGCUUUACGGAGGAAAACGGCGAACCCAAAGAUCUAGUCGGCUUCAAUAUACUGCUGGUUAAAUGUAAGGACGAUGAAGAGGAAGACAUUAGAAAGGUAAAAGGCGAGUCAUGGCGGAAAUGUCUGAAGACUUUAGCCUAUUCUGAGAGGUUGGUGGACGUGUUCGAGUACUACAACGUGGACAAAUUCCUGACGUCCAGUGGACUGACCGUCCUGCCAGGGCAUCGGGGACAGAACAUAGGGGCCAGGCUAAUAGAAGCCAGGAAAGAGCUCUGCAAGACAUUCGGCAUAAAGGCAGGGUGCACCGUGUUCACGGCCAAGACAUCGCAGGUGCUCGCCGCCAAGUGCAACUACGAGGUCAUAGCCACCAUGCCCUACGAGGACAUGAAGAAAUACGGGGUCGAUUUGACCGGCUGUGGCACCACUGAAGCUAAGGUUAUGGGCAUUAGGUACGAUUAGGUUAUUUUCAAACUAUACUUUAUCCACGGAGAUAAUACGGCUCUCUGUUACGCGAUACAAAUGACAAAGACAAAAAAUUUGGGCGUUAACCAUUUUGAGUUACCAACCAAUCACAAGCGAGCCAAUGUUUUCCGCACUACUCUAUCCUC